AUGUAUAAAGGUCGCUAUAUAUACCAAAAGUUGCCUCCGGGACAAAUCACCAAGUCGACCGUGAUCGUUUUGACGAGUGGCUUGGUCGGCUACACGUUCCUUGAGCUUCUUGGCGGCUCCGAGAAUUUCUACAAUAAGGGGGUUCGUCAUUUGGAAUGGAUACGUUGAACGGAGAGAAUUGCAGGCGAUGCCUUUGGUUCACCGUUUCAUCGAUGGCGAAAAAUCGCAUCGUUGGGCCGUACGAGCCGCUUCCUGGGGACUUUUGCCUCGUUGGGGCUGGAAUCGCAAAGAAUAUCCAGAGCUCCAUUGCGUGGUAUGAGUUCGAGAGUUUAUUAAGAGUCGAGUAACCAAGAAGGAAGAAAAAAACCUUUCGAUAUUUUCAAUAAAAAAAGAAUCUAUGAAAAAAUUUAUCCUAGAAAAGUUUUAUGUUAUAGUCUGUUUGCCACGACUUGAAAUUUCUUGGAACGACAUUCCGCUGUUCCGCUGCGUGCGUUCGCGAAGCGUCUUUCGAAUCUAGGUCACGCUUUCAAUUGAUUGUUAUUGCUGUGGGAGCACAUGAAAGUAGAGCCCCUUAAUAAAAGAAAAAAAAAUUAUAUAUCGGCUAUAUCUCAUUUUUUAUUCUUUUGGUUUUUUUGCAAAUGUCUUUUUGAAGUUUCUUUUUUCUCUAAAAAGCAGUUUAUUUUUUCGUGAAUUUCAGUUUUUUUUUCUUUAUAGCUCUUCGGACGAGAUAUCAAAAAUCCAGUCGGAUUGGCUGCCGGAUUCGACAAGAAUGGCGAUGCGAUCGAGUCGCUCGCUGAAGUUUCGGGCCUAGGAAUGGUGGAAAUCGGAUCUGUGACUCCGAUCCCACAGCCUGGUAACAAUCGUCCUCGCGUCUUCCGUCUUUUGGAAGAUGAGGUUUUAUUGAACCUCUGCGUGGACAUGGAAUGAAGGCAAUCCACCUGUUGAGGGGGUCAUCAAUCGGUACGGAUUCAACAGCGACGGAGUCGGCCGUGUGCAGCAGAGAGUGAGGACGGCGAGAGAUUCUUGGCGCUCUGAUUGGGCUCUCCUCGGAGUCAACCUUGGCAAGAACAAAAUGAGCGAAGAUGCCUUGUUUGUUAUUUUUAAAUCAUUGGAGGCGCAUGUCUGAUUUAGUUCGGAUUGAGAUAAGAUACAUAACAGACAAGAGCUUUUUACCUUCUUUUUUGACUGUCUAGUUAAAAGGCUUUUUGAAACUUGAAAUAGCGUUUUUUUUGGUCAUAAUUUGGCAGAUUUUGAAGUGUCCUGACGUGAAAACGAGAUUUAUUGGGUAAAAUCUCUCUCUAGUUAGAUCAGAAGAAUAGAGAGUAUUUUUUUUUCUUCGAUGUUUUUUGCAUUUUACAGACACGACUAUGAAAUCGGGAUCAAUUACUUUGCUCCACAUUGCGAUUACCUCGUGCUGAAUAUCUCGUCGCCAAAUACACCUGGAUUGCGGAGUAUGCAGAAAAAGUCGGACCUCGAAAAAGUCGGUUCGCCUUUCUACAUCACCGCUUCUCAAGCUUUCAGCUGCUUCUCCACGCCAAGAAAGCUCUGGACCUUCAUCAGCUGGAGAAAAGGCCGCAGAUGUUCUUGAAAAUUGCUCCCGAUUUGAUAGAAUCAGAGUUGAAGGACAUUGCUCAGGUUUUUUAAUGUCGUGAUUGAAAAAAUGAAAAAUUGAAAAAUUGAAAAAGGUUAAUUUACGAGUUCCAUCGGAGUGCGUUCAGUUAAUGUGUUUGGAAAGUCCGAAAAUAGUUUCCAAAAAUUUCGCACGAUUCUACUUUCUUAAAACAAUUUUUCGAAAUCAAAGUUUUGUCAGAGCAAAUAAAAAUACAAAGAUUAACUAGGUUGUGUCGAAUCCGAAGUUUGGCAUAGACGGACUUAUAAUUUCAAACACGACUAUUUCUCGUCCAACCAGCUUGAGAAGCGAAAACAAGGUAUCCCAGAAAAGAUUGGAAGAAUGUAGUUUUCUCUGUCCCAGGACGAAAGCGGGGGCCUGAGCGGGAAACCAGUUGGUCAUUUGAGCACGGAAUGCAUCCGGACUAUGUACAAGUCGGCUUGAAUAUUCGUCACCUUCUAGACAUUUUCCAGAUUUCAGGCUUACUGAAGGGAAAGUUGUGAUAAUCGGCUGUGGCGGGAUAGCGAGCGGUCAAGACGCCUACGACAAAAUUAGGUUUUUUUUCGCCACGAAAAAGUUUUUUUAAAAUUCAAAUGAGGGUAAUUGGAAAGAAAUUCAUUUUUCACUUGGAAUUAGCUUCUUGAAACAUGAAAUUUCAUCUUACCUUGUUAAAACCUUGUUAUUUUCGUCACAACGCUUCUCGACAACAUUAAUGAGAAAAGAAAAUCAACCUGAAAUUGCAUUUGACAGAGCCGGAGCCAGUCUAGUCCAGCUCUACACGGCCAUCGUCUUCCAAGGUUUCCCCGUCAUAGGCAAGGUUCGAAAUUUCUUUUUUCCCCCGCAAAUAAUCUGGGUUAGCGAAUGAUUUAUGCAAAACGAAUGCAGGUGAAACGCGAGCUAGUGCAACUUCUGCGACGCGACGGCUUCGCCAACGUUUCCGAAGCUGUCGGCGCGGACCAUCGUAGCGGCGGUUCCAAAAAUCCUUAG